AGGGGAGAGGCGGGGAAGUCGCAGCCCCUCCGCCCGAUGCCAGACGGCCAUUGAAGCCGCGGGCGAGGGGCCGGCGGGAGGAGGCGAGGAGCGGCGGCGCAGGGAGGUGACCGGCCCGGCUCUCGGCGGCCACUGCCCCGCUCGCCCCCUCACUCCGCCCCACGCAGGGCUUCCCCCGCGGCUCCGUCCCCCCGCCUCUCUUAGGGCGGGGCGCGGGGGAGGGCCGGGACGCCGGGCGUGCGGGGCUCAGCCCGGCCAUGUCUCCGGGGGCGGCGGCGUCGGGCUGAGCGGCCGUGCGCGCAGCGGGGAGCGCUCUCCGCCACCAUGAGGCGGCUGCCCCUGCCCUGCCUCCUGCUGCUGCCGCCGCUGCUGCUGCUGCCGGCCGAGGUCAGAUGUACAAUUGCUUGCACUGAGGAUUGCAGCUCAAAAAAUGCAACUGCAGAACCAGCAACCAGUAGUAAUGAUGAUUUAUCAGUAAACUCUGCAAGUGGGAACAGAACCUCCGCGGGUGGAACAGUGGUUGGGUCUGCAUCCAUACCUGAUGAGACAAGAGGAUCCAGCCCGAUUUAUAACCUCACAGCAGAAUCCAUUGGUGUGAAUUCUGUUAACUUAAAAUGGAUGGUGGAUAGCAAUCCUUCUGACCAAUACACAUACAGGAUAGAAGUUGUAAAUGGUACAAAUGAUACACCUGUGAACAACGUGACAUCCAAUGAAACCAGAGCAGAAAUUACUGGGUUAAUCCCUGGGACACUGUACAGCUUCACAGUAUUUGCUGUAGCAGCUGAUAAUGAGACAGGAGAGGGAAGUCCCAUACACCUGUAUACAAGGCCCAGCCCAGUCCUUGAUCUCAAGGCAGAAUCCAUUGGUGUGACUUCUGUCACCUUAAAAUGGGUGUUGAAUGACAGUGCUUCUGACACCUACACAUACAGGAUAGAGGUUGUAAAUGGUACAAAUGAUACACCAGUGAAGAAUGUGACAUCCAAUGAAACCAGAGCAGAAAUUACUGGGUUAAUCCCUGGGACACUGUACAGCUUCACAGUAUUUGCUGUGGCAGCUGAUAAUGAGACAGAAGGAGAAGGAAGUCCCAUACACCUGUAUACAAAGCCCAGCCGAGUUCAUGAUCUCACAGCAGAAUCCAUUGGUGUGACUUCUGUCAUCUUAAAAUGGAUGGUGGAUAGCAAUCCUUCUGACCAAUACACAUACAGGAUAGAGGUUGUAAAUGGUACAAAUGAUACACCUGUGAACAACGUGACAUCCAAUGAAACCAGAGCAGAAAUUACUGGGUUAAUCCCUGGGACCCUGUACAACUUCACAGUAUUUGCUGUAGCAGCUGAUAAUGAGACAGGAGAGGGAAGUUCCAUACACCUGUAUACAAGGCCCAGCCCAGUCCUUGAUCUCAAGGCAGAAUCCAUUGGUGUGACAUCUGUCACCUUAAAAUGGGUGUUGAAUGACAGCGCUACUGACACCUGCACGUACAGGAUAGAGGUUGCAAACAGUGCAAAUGAUACACCUGUGAAGAAUGUGACAUCCAAUGAAACCAGAGCAGAAAUUACUGGGUUAAUCCCUGGGACACCAUACAACUUCACAGUAUUUGCUGUAGCAGCUGAUAAUGAGACAGAAGGAGAAGGAGUGCCCAGAAAUCUGUAUACAAGGCCCAGCCCAGUCCUUGAUCUCAAGGCAGAAUCCAUUGGUGUGACUUCUGUCACCUUAAAAUGGGUGGUGAAUGACAGUGCUUCUGACACCUACACAUACAGGAUAGAGGUUGUAAAUGGUACAAAUGAUACACCUGUGAAGAAUGUGACAUCCAAUGAAACCAGAGCAGAAAUUACUGGGUUAAUCCCUGGGACACCGUACAGCUUCACAGUAUUUGCUGUAGCAGCUGAUAAUGAGACAGAAGGAGAGGGAAGUCCCAUACACCUGUAUACAAGGCCCAGCCCAGUCUUUGAUCUCAAGGCAGAAUCCAUUGGUGUGACUUCUGUCACCUUAAAAUGGGUGGUGAAUGACAGUGCUUCUGACACCUACACGUACAGGAUAGAGGUUGCAAACAGUGCAAAUGAUACACCUGUGAAGAAUGUGACAUCCAAUGAAACCAGAGCAGAAAUUACUGGGUUAAUCCCUGGGACCCUGUACAACUUCACAGUAUUUGCUGUAGCAGCUGAUAAUGAGACAGAAGGAGAGGGAAGUCCCAUACACCUGUAUACAAGGCCCAGCCCAGUCCUUGAUCUCAAGGCAGAAUCCAUUGGUGUGACUUCUGUCACCUUAAAAUGGGUGGUGAAUGACAGUGCUUCUGACACCUACACGUACAGGAUAGAGGUCGUAAAUGGUACAAAUGAUACACCUGUGAAGAAUGUGACAUCCAAUGAAACCAGAGCAGAAAUUACUGGGUUAAUCCCUGGGACACUGUACAGCUUCACAGUAUUUGCUGUAGCAGCUGAUAAUGAGACAGAAGGAGAAGGAGUGUCCAUACACCUGUAUACAUUAACUGUCUCAGUGGACUCACUUCAGUGUGAGCCAGUGGCCAAGCAGCCUUUCCUAAUGCUGAAAUGGAAAUGUCCUUUUGGUAACAACUCUGGCUUCAGAAUCAAAAUAUAUAAUAUAAGUACUUCUGAGGUAGUAAGAGAAGACUUGGCUCCACGCUGCACGGGAGAAGGCUUUGAGCAAACCUUCCAAACAGCACUCUUAAAUUUUUUCAGCACCUAUAAUGUUACUAUUGUAACUCUUCAAAAUGGCUCUGAAAGCUCUCCAGUGGACAAGUUGUGUCUCACCAGCAUUACUGACCCACCUCCUCCAACAGAAGUUCCUUCAGUCAAGGUCGUCAGUCACAGCUCAUUGUCUGUUGAAUUCUCUGAUUUUGAUUCACUGAAUGGUCCAUUGGAAGCCUAUGCAAUAAUGAUUACAACAGAAGAUCAAAGUUCUGAGUCUUUGAAGUCUAAAUUGAACAACACAUACAAAGAUUUCAAGAAGAAGACAACAACUGCCUAUGUUACAUAUGUCAUAAAAACAGAGCAGGCAGAAUCACAUUCUUCCCGUUCUCAGAGUGAUAAAAACAUCAUUAAUGUAGGCAAAGGAAACACAAUGUAUGGCUACGAAAACGGACCAUUGAUCCCUCUUCGUUCAUACAGGGCGUGUGUUGCAGGUUUCACUAAUAUAACCUUUAUGGACAACGUGAUUGAGGGGGAAGAUAGUUAUGUAUCAUUUUCACCCUGCUCUGAACCAGUUUUACUGCCCCAGGAUCCAGGUGUUAUUGCUGGAGUGGUUAUUGGAUGCCUCUUGGCUAUCUUGGCUGUAGUCGCUGUAGGGGGGUUCAUAUUCUGGAGAAGGAGAAGGAAAGAUAAAAGAAAUACUGAAGUGUCUUUUUCUCCAAUUAAAUCAAAAAUGAUUAAAGUGGAGAACUUUGAGUCAUACUUUAAGAAGCAGCAAGCUGACUCCAACUGUGGUUUUGCUGAAGAGUAUGAGGAACUCAAGUCUGCUGGUGUUCAUCAGCCAAAAUUUGCUGCUGAACUUCCAGAGAACAGGGGCAAAAAUAGAUACAACAAUGUCCUACCAUAUGAUAUUUCUCGUGUUAAACUUUCAAAUCAAAGCUCUGGAACUGACUAUAUUAAUGCAAACUAUAUGCCUGGCUAUAAUUCAAAGAAGGCAUUUAUUGCUGCACAGGGUCCAUUACCCAAUACUAUAGAAGACUUCUGGCAAAUGAUUUGGGAAAAGAGUAUCUACUCUAUUGUUAUGUUGACAAAAUGUGUGGAACAAGCCCGGACAAAAUGUGAGCAGUACUGGCCAGACAAACAACCCAAGAGCUAUGGUGACAUUAUUGUGACAAUGGUCUCCGAAGUUGUCCUUCCAGAAUGGACAAUAAGGGACUUCACUGUAGAAAAGUCCAACACCCCCGAGAGCCACACGGUGCGCCAGUUCCAUUUCACCUCCUGGCCAGAUCAUGGCGUGCCAGAGACAACAGACCUUCUCAUCAACUUCAGGCACCUUGUCCAUGAGUACAACAGCCAGAAUCCAGCAGACUCUCCUACUCUGGUGCACUGCAGCGCUGGCGUCGGGAGGACGGGGACGUUCAUCGCCAUCGACCGCCUGAUCCAGCAGAUGGAGAUGGAGAACACCGUGGAUGUGUACGGAGUGGUGUACGACCUCCGCAUGCACCGACCCCUCAUGGUGCAGACUGAGGACCAGUACGUCUUCCUAAACCAGUGUGUCAUGGAUAUCAUUAAAUCCCAGAGAGAAAGGAAAACAGACCUUAUCUACCAAAACGUGACAGCAAUGGCAAUCUAUGAAAACUUCACACCUGGGCCAGCCUUUGGGAAGGCCAAUGGCUACCAUGCAUAGUCCAGAAGGAACCCAGUGCCUCCAUCCAGGAGGGGCUGCCUGCCUGUAGGAGAGGGAGGUGUCCGGCUCGUGUUUUCUGGGAUUGUGUGCAGUGUCUCGUGUCUGGCUUCUCCGGUUCUGUCUGCGUUCAAGGUGUGAUCUACAGGAGGAAAAACACAACGCUGGCAGGAGCUGCAGACUCAUGUUAAAAAAAUCCAAACAACAAAACCCAAGCAAAACUUUUUCAAGUUAACAGAGGAAUCUUGUUUUUUCUUGGGAAUUUAACAGUACUGAUAGGUGAAAUAGCAUUUACAGUAUGAACAGUGAACUAGAGUUUAAAUAUUAAAAUAAUAACACAAACUUUUUAUUACAAUUUUAUAUGAUUUCAUUUACAGACACCAGGCUGGUGGGUUGUUUUAAUAUAUUUAAUUAUAAGUUUCAGGAACAUAUUUUAUCUACUGUAUCUGGUUACUUAGUUAAUAGAUAUGUGCCUCUGUGAUCUAUUUUUUUCUGUGUUCCUUUUUAUUUAAAAAAGGAGUACAAAUGGCUCCUUCAAAUGGACAUUCAUACUUGGAAAUUGUGCCUUUUCUAGUUGCUACUCUAGAAAAAAAAAAACAGCAGAGAUUCUAUUUUUGUACUGAAACUUAAUGAGAACACAGAUUUUUAAAUAAGGCUUAUGUCAAACUUAACUGUAGUUGCACUGUUGGCAGGACCCUCCAGAAGUUUGGAGGUGAGCUUUGUUUUUGCAUUUCACCACAAAUAUCCCCUGCCUUAAUGUUUUGGUGCCUCUGCCAGAGGAAAAGGAGUGUGGUCUGUCACUCCGAGCUUUAACUGUAGAUAAAAACAGAGCAAGUGAAUCUGUGAAUGUGUGUGCGGGGGGUGUGUGGGCGUGUGGAUGAAGGACAGAAUAGCUCCUCCCUGUUCCUGCCUGAUAUUCCUGUUUUUAUACAAUUUAUAAUGAUUUAUUUAAAGGUGCAAUAUAUGAUUUACUGAAUAAUGCUCACUCUAAUAGAGUUUUUCUCAGGUUGGUGUCUUUUUAUCAUUGUUGUUGUUUUUCCUCAAAUAUAUAAAUCUGUGAAAAUGCUGAAACUAAGGUUCCAAGUGUUCAAGCACUCCCAAAUGGAUCCAACUGGCUUUACUGUUUCUACCAAAAGACAUUGCACAAAAUUCUGCUGUAAAGACAAAUUUCUUGGUUGUUUUAGCCAUUCAAAACUAAGACACAUCUUACCUGCCUGCAUCUCACUGAUCCAGUGUAAUUGUUUUGUAAUUAUUUGCAAUAUACUGCUGCUUUUGUUUUGACUGGUCCUUUUUGAAACUGAAGGAACAAGCAGAAAUCCCCCGUUUGCUGAUUUCACAAGUCAAGGAUCAGAUUGGAUUUAUUUUGCUGGUACAUAACUGUUAGACUUAGGAAGGCAUUACCAAUGAAGGACUUAGGUAGCAUGAGGUGGGGAGAAGGUGUGUUUUUUGGUCUUUGGAUCGUUGCACUGGUUGCAUUGUAGAUGAAUAUGAAGUUUAUGAAUAAUGCUAUAGAAUAGCUAUAAAGCAGGGAAAAAAAUGUUAUGAAGGUUUAAUAACCAGAGUCCCUGGAAUUCUGCUGCUUUUUUGUUGUCGUUGUUUUGGGGGUUUUUCUUUGUUUUAGUAGAGUUGUCAGAAAAAGCUACAGAUACUAGGAGUAUAUGUGGCUUUACAGUGGAACCUGGCAACCUCACAGGAUCCAAUGUCAGCUGAAGGAGAACAUAGGAAUUCCUGGUGCACAACUGUAACUUUACAAAUAUCCUGAGGAAUUUUUUACAACCUGGUGAGAAACUGUGGUGUGCUGUGUGAGUAAAACUGGAGGACAAACCACAGUGCACUUUUGGUUGUUAGGUUUUGGGGUUUGGUUUUGUUGUUUAUUUGGUUUGGGGUUUUUGUUUUGUGUUUUUUGUUUUGGUUUGGUUUUUUUUGUAACAGCCACUUGUGGGUUCUUAAAUAUAAUUUUGUUCCUCUUUCUCUGGAAAUACCUUAAAAAACCCUCAUCUUGAGGUUCCUGAUCCUGCCUGGUUCCAUCCAAACUGGCAGCCCACAAAGUGGAUCUCUGAUUUGCAUUCUUCCUAAGCUGCUGUCAGAUGACAAAGAUAAACCACUUGCACCAAACAGAACCAUUCCAAAAGAACUGGGAGGGAGGAAAAUCUGCUCUUUCCAGUCACGUUGUUUUCUUUAACUCUCUUCUUCUUUUAAUUACUGCACAUCUGUGCAGAGCACAGAGCCAGUAUUUGUUAUUCCAGGUCUCCCAAGAACUUGCUGCCUUAAGGUGGCAAGUGCUCUUUUGCUUCAGAAGGCCCUUGUUUUGUGUAGCUUGGAGAGGGAGAUGAGUCUUCCAUGCUAGAUCAUGUUGUUUCUAUUCUGUUGCAGCAGAACAUCAGAAAAUGAGCUAAGACAGUAUGUGUUUCUACCUAACCACUGCUCAGAUCCUCUUAGAGAAAACAGAUGGAUCUGUCCCAUUGUUUUGGUGUUGGAAGCAGGCGUCAAAUUCUCACGUGUGCCAUCAUCUGAAGAGUAUCAUUUUUAAAGAACUAUAUGCAGGUGUUUUCCAAAACUGACACAUUGUGAGAAAAGACUGAAAGUUGAAAUAAUUGACCUCUUGAUUUUGUGUAUGGGUGGAAAAAGUUGAUAAGGCUUAAGCUGUUGCAAACAUAAACUUGGGUGUAGUGUCAGUGUGAAUAAGUAGGACAUUCCUUGUAGGAUGUCUCUGCAGGAGAAGGACUAGAGGUAAUGUUCCACUAGCUUGUGGAUCUGUCUUGCUCAAGAUGACUUGAGUUCCUGCAAAUGUUUUCUCCUUGCCCUCUGAUGUUCACUAUGUUAUAAUUGCUGAGAUCUGUCUCUUUGUGUUUUCUCUCACUCUUGCUUAUUUAAAGCUGUCCACUGAAAGCUCCACUGUGUGACAAUUGCAUCUCUUGCAUUUCUGUUUAACUCUUUCUUCCCAUUUGGGGCCUGCUUAAGAAGGGAAAAGUUGAUGUGUUUCAAAUAAGUGACUGUUGAAUAUCUUGAAAUUAUGUACAAAUUUUAUUGUUUUCGUAUUUGUUGUACAGGAAAUUUCAGUACAUGUCUGUAAUAUUUUUAAUGGUUUGAUUUGUUCUUAAAAAUAUAAAAAUAACAAUUAAAAAGCAUCAUCCUAGA